GGUUCAUCGGUUCGCAUCAGGACCGCAGCAAGUACGGCAGAUUGUACCGUGGCCAGUGUGCUCGUGCGUGUUGAUAUUCAGGCCUCCCUCUCGACGAACAGAUCACAUAAUGUAGUCCCUCCAAAGCCCACAAGCAACCAAACCCCGUGAUGACGACCGGAAAUGCCAAAGACCGAGAUAGCCGACCCUCUGAUGCCGUUCCCCCGCACAAGCACCCCAACGACGAUGAGCCAACUGUUGGUUGGAAAUGGAUGGCAGCGGUGGAUAGAAUUCUUCACACCCUAACCGGACACGAUCGCCGUUGUGUGGACUCGUUCGAUGGCUUCGUGCACCGUUGCAUGUACCGUCCGGUCGAUGGUGCGUCCCUUGCCGUGGCGCGCAUCCUUUUCGGUCUCGCUAUGCUCAUCGAUAUACCGGAGGAGCGUGGUGGCGGUGACCUAGACCUUCGUUGGGGUGAACCACGUGACUGCCGGUUCCCAUUGAUUCUUUCCAUGGAACCACCGGCCUUACCACGGAUGGGCCUGAUCUAUGGUUUGAUGUGGCUCGGUGCGGCAGGGAUGAUGCUCGGUUACCGGUACCGGCUGUCGGCCAGCCUCUUUACCGGGACUUACUGGUACGUGUUUCUGCUGGACAAGAGCGCCUGGAACAAUCACAGCUAUCUAUACGGACUGCUCGGUGUGCUGUUCCUCUUUACCGAUGCGAACCGCUGCUGGUCGAUUGAUGCUUGGCGGGAACCGUAUCCGGAUGAUACGGUGCCAUUCUGGAAUUAUUUCAUUCUCAAGUUCCAGUUCUUUGUGCUGUACUUUAUCGCCGGGCUGAAGAAGCUUUGCCACGAGUGGUUGUCCGGCUAUGCGAUGACCAACCUCAGCUACCACUGGGUGUUUGCACCGUUCCGAGUGGUGAUAGGGGCCAAGCUCACCGAUUUACUGAUCGUGCACUGGUUCGGUUGUCUGUUUGAUACGUCCAUCGUGUUUUUCCUCAUCUACGGACCUACGCGCCGCAUUGCAACCGUGUUUGCCAGUCUGUUUCAUCUUAUGAACUCACGGCUCUUUCACAUCGGUAUGUUUCCUUGGGUCUGCCUGACUCAGCUACCCCUCUACUACAGUGUAAGCUGGCCAAGGCGUAUCGUGCUAUCGAACACAUUCGCCAAUAACCCGGGAAAAGCAGCGACAGAGCCGGGGCUCGUGGAAUCAGUUGGGAUCGGCGCGUUUUCUAACGAAAAAAUGAAUCACCAGCGAAGUCGUCGACGCUGGACCAUGAUGACGAUGCUGGCAUAUUGCUCACUGCAACUAUUCCUCCCAUACUCUCACUUCCUCACCCAAGGGUACAACAACUGGACGAACGGACUGUACGGAUACUCGUGGGAUAUGAUGGUGCACGCCUGGGAUACGAUCAUGAUUGGGAUUCGUGUGGAAGACCGCGAUGGUCACGCACCGAGCACCGGGCCAGUGCUGUACGUGGAACCGUACGCCUUUACGGACAACGAUCGCUGGACGAAGCAUGCCGACAUGGCCGUACAGUUUGCGCGCUGCAUCGAGCGUAACAUCCACCGGGAACGGCAAACAAAGCCAAACAUAUCAAUCUACUUCGAUAUAUGGUGCAGCAUGAAUGGACGGUUCCAGCAGCGGAUAUUUCACCCCCACGAGGACAUUCUACAUGCACCCUGGUCUCCGUUUCAGCCGGUCCCGUGGGUAUUGCCUUUGCUGAACGAAUUCAACGGUCUGCGGGACACGGUCAUGCGUCGAAUCACCGAAACUGUGCUGAGUUGGAGCAACUACACGGAUGUACUGUUCAUUGCGGACUUUCCUGGGCUAACGUUGCACAAUUACGUCGCCAGCGACCUGUACAACGUCACACUGACGGUGCUCAACGGUACGGUACGCUUCGCGAUGGCCAUCGAUGACGAGAUGUUGGAUGCUGUGGAGCCUGGCCCUCCGGUGAUUCUCGGUCCGGGUGGUACCACACCGGUGCUUUCGGGACAUUUUCAUGCAAUCGAAACGCUCGGUGAGGAACCGUCCUGCUUCAUGUACACCUUUGUCAAUCGAACCAAGGAGUUGGCCGACCUCAAGGGCGCGCCAGUUAAAGAUGAACGCAGCGCACCAAUGCUUCCGCUGCGUGAGGAGUUUCUUCAUCGAUGGGAAAACUUUGUCCGCUUCGUACAGCACGUUGGUAACUCGGUGCUGUUCGAACUGUACGGUGUACCUAUGCCACGACGUUUGAAAGAGCUCGUAGUAGAUGGUGGUUAAACCGCCGAAUUGAUCGCUGUACUUCUAUUUGUGUGCGUGGUGUGUUGUAGAACUUGGUGGGCAAAUGAUGUUGAUUUACUUUUUAUCUACGGAACGGAACAGCCGAUGGCAUCUUGAAGGGAAUCUAUUUUUGGCAAAUAAAAUU